AUGUUACCAAGGUUUGAUCCAACAAACCAAAAUGCGUGUCUGUCUGUGCUUGAGGAUACGACUAGUAACGAAAAACAGAUUCAAGACUCCGUGUUGGAAGCAAUACUUUCAUGUAAUGCUCAAACCGAGUACCUUAGAGGUUUCCUCAACGGUCAACUCGAUAAGCAAAGCUUCAAGAAGAACCUACCCAUUGUGACCUACGAAGAUUGUCGCUCUUAUAUUGAUCGUAUUGCUAAUGGAGAGUCCUCUAGUCUCAUCUGUGAUCGACCCUUCAUUGUUCUCUUGACCAGUGCAAACGCAGUUUCUGCUACGUGA